CGGUGAGGAGCAGAGAUGCUGUAGCUGCAGAUCAGAGUCGACCAGAGGCUGGAGGCUGAUCCUCGGGUCAGACGCACAGGAUUAUUCUCUCAGCCCCAGUCUCUCUCACUCUUCUCCCUCAUCCUCGGAGCGGGACCCGCCAUGAGCAUCGCCCGGCCGCAGCCCUGAGCAGCUCCGGGGUCCCGAGGAGGAGAAGAUGCCUCAUGGACCGCUCCAUCGCCUCCAGUGCGCCAGUGCAGGGCUCCUCCAGCGCCGAGUGACGGAGACAUGCCGCGCUUCAGCGUCAGGUGGACGGUCACCGCGCUGCUGAUCCUCGGGGUCGGCGGCGCUUUCCUCUUCUGCGAGUAUCUCAUUUACUUCCCCGCCAUCCUGCAGUGCGCCUGGCCGAGGAGCAGCCAUGCGCGGGCCGGGGAGGGCAUCGACGGUCGCCCGGUGGAUUCAGUGGCGGUGCGCGCCAUGGUGCUGUCGGACACCCACCUCCUGGGAGCCGUUGGGGGACACUGGUUUGACAAGCUGAGGAGGGAAUGGCAGAUGGAGAGAGCUUUCCAGACCGCUCUGUGGCUGCUCAGGCCCGAGAUAGUCUUCAUCCUCGGGGACAUCUUCGACGAAGGCAAGUGGAGCUCACAGAAGCACUGGGAGGAUGACGUGCGCCGCUUCCACAGGAUGUUCAGACACUCCACUGACACGGAACUGGUUGUACUCGUUGGGAACCACGACAUCGGAUUCCAUUAUGAGAUGGACUGGUUCAAGCUGCAGCGCUUCGAGAAAGUCUUCAACGCCUCCUCCACCAGGAUCGUCACCAAGAGAGGAGUGAAUUUCCUGCUGGUGAACAGCGUGGCCCUGCACGGAGACGGCUGUCCCAUCUGCCAGUCGGUGGAGAAGGAGCUGAUCAAACUCUCCAGAGACCUCAACUGUUCUCUGCAGAACUCGCAGCCUGGCGGCGGAGCGACGGACGGCUGUGAAGGCUCGCAGCUCUAUCCUCCCACGUCCCCCGUCAUGUUACAGCACUAUCCUCUGUUCAGGGUGAGCGACGCCGCCUGCACAGGACAGGACGCUGCACCGUCCGAAGAGCGACACCUGCUGUUCCGAGAGAAGUACGACGUGCUGUCGAAGGAGGCCUCGCAGAGGCUGCUGCAGUGGUUCAAGCCGCGCCUCAUCCUCAGCGGACACACCCACAGCGGAUGCGAGGUUCUCCAUGACAACAAGUACCCAGAGAUCAGCGUGCCGUCCUUCAGCUGGAGGAACAGGAACAACCCCAGCUUCAUCCUGGCGUCGGUGUCACCGGGCAGUUACGCUCUGUCCAAGUGUUUCCUGCCGGAGGAGAGCACGGUGAUCGGCGUGUACUGCUCGGCCGGCGCCUUCAUGCUGCUGCUGUUCCUGGCUCACUGCCUGUGGAUGAAGGGCCUGCUGCAGUGCCUCAGCCUCUGCCUGCUGGGGAAGCACAAGUCUCUGUGAACUGCGUUACCCAGGGUGCACCACGCUGCAGGGACACAGCCAUGAAGUUUCACCUGCAAACACUUUAAGUGAAGAAUCUCAAAAUGUGACUUUCCUCCUGUGAACGGGGCCAAAACUCUUCAUCACCAUCAACCUCGACUUGUUUGUCCAAAUGUUUUUGCGGAACUGUGAAGGACUUGAAUAUAUAUUUUAAAUGUCUUUUAAAAGGACUCAGAGUUUAUUAUUUGUAUCACCGGUGAUUCUCUUGUGAUUACAAAUCCUGAGGAGUUUGUUGGAGCUUCGCUGGAAGGACCAGGCGGGUGAAGUUCUCCUGUGUUCGUCUGAAUCAAGCAUUGAAAAUGAAGGAAGACCAAUCAAAUCAAUCAUCUGUAAAUUCUCACUGUGGCUGCUCUGAUUGAAGGUGUUGACGUCUCUUGGUAGUUUGUCUCCCUCACUGUGAUCUGAUGUGAACUGUUUCCUGUCGUCGUCCGAUCACCUCCUCUUGUUUUUAUGAUGCAUAUCUGAAUCUAUUUAUUGAUGAAUUUCUGUGCCAAAUGUUUGUGAGGAUUUUUGCCAAAAUUGUUGAAGUAUUUCUGAUGAACUGUAAAAUAAAUAAAUCAGAAUCUA